AUGGCGACCUUGUUCCCAGAAUGCCUCACGGCAUACCCCCCAGGUGAAAGAGUCUCUGGGAUGGCGUUCCCCGUGGGGGUCCGAUCUCAUCUCUGCGGUCAACUCCAGUGUUACACAGGAACAGGGACCACGGUCCAACUUGGUCUAACACGGUCAGAACACAACACAACCACUCAGCACCAUUAUCUCAGAGAAACUACCAUUUACAUGAGUAAACAAACUUGAACUUUUUUCACGUCAUCAUGUAUGUCUGUUCCCCUGUUCUACAACACACACCUGAGCUUAGUCUAUGAUAACAGAUGUCCUCCUGUCCUCUCUGCUCUAACUAACGCCCAGGUCAGAGUCUGUGUCCAGGCUAGAAUCCCUGCGGUCCGCUGGCUGGCUGGACAGACUAACGGUAGCCGUGGCAACCCAGUUCACCCUCUACAGCCCCCCCACCAACCUGUUCAACAGUGUGACCCUGAUGGCCGAAAGAUUACCUGGUGGAGCUUUGCACACCUCCGCCCAUGUUCCAGUCAGCUAGGGUCUACCAUUCACCUACUGCAUGGGACUACUUCAGUAUGGCAUGUCAGGUAACAUCAUAACACUCCUAGUCCCUAGCCCUUUCCUCUAACUAACCUCUACCAUAUCCCCUAACAUCUAUCCCAGGGGUGGGAAAACUUUUGGCUUGAGGGCCACAUCGGGAUUUAGAAAAUGUAUAGGUCAAUUAUAAUCUUUACAUACUUUCUAACUAGUUUUAGACAUUCAAGUGUGGCCUGGAGAGUUUUUUUACUCAACAUAAUCCCCCCCCCCCAAAAAAAGAAAUUAUAAACUGAGUGUACAAAACAUUAAGAACACCUGCUCUUUCCAUGGCUGCAACCUGGUCUCACAGCAUUUCAUAUUAUUAUGUACAUUUUUUACAUUUUAGUCAUUUAGCAGACGCUCUUAUCCAGAGCGACUUACAUGAGCAAUUGGGGUUAAGUGCCUUGAUCAAGGGCACAUCGACAGAUUUUUCACCUAGUCGGCUCGGGGAUUAGAACCAGCAACCUUUCGGUUACUGGCACAACGCUCUUAACCACUAAUCUACCACUAAGACACUCCAUUUAGUAUGAUAUGUUACGUAUCGUAUGGUAUGUAUUCAUUUGUGGAUAUCCAUCACCCAUUUCAUAUGAUAUGUUAGGAAUUACAAUUCAAAUUUAUGUUACGAAUUUUCAAAACUACAAUAUGUUACGAAUUAGGUUGCUAACGUUAGCUAGCUAGGCUAGGGAUUAGGGGUCAGGGUUAAGGUUAGUGUUAAGUUUAUGAGUAAGGUUAAAGGGUUAAGGUUAGGGUUAGGGGAAGGGUUAGCUAAAAUCAAAUCAAAUCAAAUGUUAUUCGUCACAUGCGCCGAAUACAACAGGUGCAGACAUUACAGUGAAAUGCUUACUUACAGCCCUUAACCAACAGUGCAACAACAAAAAAAGUGUUGAGAAAAAAAGAGCAGAAGUAAAAUAAAAUAACAGUAGGGAGGCUAUAUAUACAGGGGGGUACCGGUGCAGAGUCAAUGUGCGGGGGCACCGGCUAGUUGAGGUAGUUGAAGUAAUAUGUACAUGUGGGUAGAGUUAAAGUGACUAUGCAUAAAUAAUUAACAGAGUAGCAGCAGCGUAAAAAGGAUGGGGUGGGAGGGCAGUGCAAAUAGUCCGGGUAGCCAUGAUUAGCUGUUCAGGAGUCUUAUGGCUUGGGGGUAGAAUCUGUUGAGAAGUCUUUUGGACCUAGACUUGGCACUCCGGUACCGCUUGCCGUGCGGUAGCAGAGAGAACAGUCUAUGACUAGGGUGGCUGGAGUCUUUGACAAUUUUGAGGGCCUUCCUCUGACACCGCCUGGUAUAGAGGUCCUGGAUGGCAGGAAGCUUGGCCCCAGUGAUGUACUGGGCCGUACGCACUACCCUCUGUAGUGCCUUGCGGUCGGAGGCCAAGCAGUUGCCAUACCAGGCGGUGAUGCAACCAGUCAGGAUGCUCUCGAUGGUGCAGCUGUAGAAUUCUUUGAGGAUCUGAGGACCCAUGCCAAAUCUUUUCAGUCUCCUGAGGGGGAAUAGGCUUGUCGUGCCCUCUUCAUGACUGUCUUGGUGUGUUUGGACCAUGAUAGUUUGUUGGUGAUGUGGACACCAAGGAACUUGAAGCUCUCAACCUGUUCCACUACAGCCCCGUCGAUGAGAAUGGGGGCGUGCUCAGUCCUCUUUUUUUUCCUGUAGUCCACAAUCAUCUCCUUUGUCUUGGUCACGUUGAGGGAGAGGUUGUUGUCCUGGCACCACACGGCCAACUCUCUGACCUCCUCCCUAUAGGCUGUCUCAUCGUUGUCGGUGAUCAGGCCUACCACUGUUGUGUCGUCGGCAAACGUAAUGAUGGUGUUGGAGUCGUGCCUGGCCAUGCAGUCAUGGGUGAACAGAGAGUACAGGAGGGGACUGAGCACGCACCCCUGAGGGGCCCCCGUGUUGAGGAUCAGUGUGGCAGAUGUGUUGUUACCUACCCUUACCACCUGGGGGCAGCCCGUCAGGAAGUCCAGGAUCCAGUUGCAGAGGGAGGUGUUUAGUCCCAGGAUCCUUAGCUUAGUGAUGAGCUUAGAGGGCACUAUGGUGUUGAAUGCUGAGCUGUAGUCAAUGAAUAGCAUUCUCACGUAGGUGUUCCUCUUGUCCAGGUGGGAAAGGGCAGAUGGAGUGCAAUAGAGAUUGCAUCAUCUGUGGAUCUGUUGGGGCGGUAUGCAAAUUGGAGUGGGUCUAGGGUUUCUGGGAUAAUGCUGUUGAUGUGAGCCAUGACCAGCCUUUCAAAGCACUUCAUGGCUACAGACGUCAGUGCUACGGGUCGGUAGUCAUUUAGGCAGGUUAUCUUAGAGUCCUUGGGCACGGGGACUAUGGUGGUCUGCUUGAAACAUGUUGGUAUUACAGACUCAGUCAGGGACAUGUUGAAAAUGUCAGUGAAGACACUUGCCAGUUGGUCAGCACAUACUCGGAGUACACGUCCUGGUAAUCCGUCUGGCCCUGCGGCCUUGUGAAUGUUGACCUGCUUAAAAGUCUUACUCACAUUGGCUACGGAGAGCGUGAUCACAUAGUCAUCCGGAACAGCUGGUGCUCUCAUGCAUGCUUCAGUGUUGCUUGCCUCGAAGCGAGCAUAGAAGUGGUUUAGCUCGUCUGGUAGGCUUGUGUCACUGGGCAGCUCGCGGCUGUGCUUCCCUUUGUAGUCUGUAAUAGUUUUCAAGCCCUGCCACAUCCGACGAGCGUCAGAGCCAGUGUAGUACGAUUCAAUCUUAGUCCUGUAUUGACUCUUUGCCUGUUUGAUGGUUCGUCGGAGGGCAUAGCGGGAUUUCUUAUAAGCGUCCGGGUUAGAGUCCCGUUCCUUGAAAGCGGCAGCUCUACCCUUUAGCUCAGUGCGGAUGUUUCCUGUAAUCCAUGGCUUCUGGUUGGGGUAUGUACGUACGGUCACUGUGGGGACGACAUCAUCGAUGCACUUAUUGAUGAAGCCAGUGACUGAUGUGGUGUACUCCUCAAUGCUGUCUGAAGAAUCCCGGAACAUGUUCCAGUCUGUGCUAGCAAAACAGUCCUGUAGCUUAGCAUCUGCGUCAUCUGACCACUUUUUUAUUAACCGAGUCACUGGUGCUUCCUGCUUUAGUUUUUGCUUAUACGCAGGAAUCAGGAGGAUAGAGUUAUGGUCAGAUUUGCCAAAUGGAGGGCGAGGGAGAGCUUUGUAUGCGUCUCUGUGUGUGGAGUAAAGGUGGUCUAGAGUUUUUUUUCCUCUGGUUGCACAUUUAACAUGCUGGUAGAAAUUAGGUAGAACGGAUUUAAGUUUCCCUGCAUUAAAGUCCCCGGCCACUAGGAGCGCUGCCUCUGGAUGAGCGUUUUCCUGUUGAUUAAUGGCCUUGUACAACUCAUUCAGUGCAAUCUUAAUGCCAGCAUUGGUUUGUGGUGGUAAAUAGACAGCUAUGAAAAAUAUAGAUGAAAACUCUCUUGGUAAAUAGUGUGGUCUACAGCUUAUCAUAAGAUACUCUACCUCAGGCGAGCAAAACCUCGAGACUUCCUUAGUAUUUGAUUUUGUGCACCAGCUGUUGUUUACAAAUAUAUACAGACCGCCACCCCUUGUCUUACCAGAGUCAGCUGUUCUAUCCUGCCGAUGUAGCGUAUAGCCCGCUAGCUGUAUGUUAUCCAUGUCGUCGUUCAGCCACGACUCGGUGAAACAUAAGAUAUUACAGUUUUUAAUGUCCUGUUGGUAGGAUAACCGUAAUCUUAGGUCAUCCAAUUUGUUAUCCAAUGAUUGAAGAUUGGCUAAUAGGAUUGAUGGAAGAGGCAGUUUACUCGCUCGCCGUCGGAUCCUUACAAGGCACCCCGAUCUACGUCCACGAUAUCUCCAUCUCUUCUACACGCGAAUGACGGGGAUUUGGGCCUUGUCGGGUGUCUGUAUGAUAUCCUUCGCGGCCGCCUCGUUGAAGAAAAAAUCUUCGUCCAAUACGAGGUGAGUAAUUGCUGUCCUGAUAUCCAGAAGCUCUUUUUGGUUAUAAGAGACGAUGGCAGAAACAUUAUGUACAAAAUAAAUUACAAAUAACGCGGAAAAACACACAUAAUAGUACAAUUGGUUAGAGGGCUGUAAAACGGCAGCAUGUUAGCUAAAAGGGUUAAGGUUAGGGUUAGCUAAAUGGGCUAAGGUUAGGGUCAGGGAAGGGUUAGCUAACAUGCUAAGUAGUUGCAAAGUAGCUAAAAAUAAGUAAGUAGUUGAAAAGUUGCUAAUUAGGUAAAAUGCUAAAGUUGUCCAUGAUGAGAUUCAAACUCGUAACGUUUGAGUUGCUAGAAGUUCGCUUUAUACGCCCACCCUCUCACUCGUUUUUGCCUUAGGUAACCAUCUGUCUUAUGUAACCAUACCAAACGUAACAUAUCAUACUAAUUUGAGUGUCCCGGAUUUAUAUUUACUAUGUUACGUCUAGUCUAUGAGACCAGGCUGAUGACAUAGACUGCCCAGGUGAAUCCAUAUGAAAGCUGUGAUCCCUUAUUGAUGUCACUUGUUAAAUCCACUUCAAGCAGUGUAGAUGAAGGGGAGGAAACAGGUUAAAGAAGGAUUUUUAAGUCUUGAGACAUGGAUUGUGUACGUGUGCCAUUCAGAGGGUGAAUGGGCAAGACAAAAGAUGUAAGUGCCUUUGAACGAGGUAUGGUAGAAGGUGGCAGGCACACCGGUUUGUGUCAAGAACUGCAGCGCUGCUGGAUUUUUAACGCUCAACAGUAUCCCGUGUGUAUCAGGAAUGGUCCACCACCCAAGGACAUUCAGCUAACUUCACACAACUGUGGGAAGCAUUGGAAUCAAGGUGGGGAAGGUAAUGUUUUGUAAACUGUGUAUACUGUAUAUAUUUUAUUUUUUACUCAAACCUCCUGCAGCCCGGAUCGAAUGGGUUUUCCCACCCCUGACCCAGCCUCUUCCCUCCACAACAACCCUCCACAUUCAGUCAGAUAGGGUCUAGUUUUCCAUCCACUGUCACACAGGACUACGAGCAAUAAGCAGUGAGCAGUGAGAAGUGAGCUGUGAGCAGUGAGCUGUGAGCUGGGCUAGAACAAAGGCCCAUUCUAUUAGUCUUAUCUCAGACAUGAAGGCCAAUGAUAUCUGAAGGUGAAUAUGAGCUGUAGCUUUGUUUGCCUUCAUCUCUCCUCUCCAGCUCCUCUUCCUCCUCGUCUCUCUGGUCCAGCUCGUCCUCCAGAUCUGUUCUGCCGGGGAGAAAGGCAUGCUGGGAUACUUGAGAGACCCCCAAAACUGGCUCCAGGUGAGAGAGAGCCCCCUCCCUCCCCCUACUCUCAUACAGUAUCUACAGCAAUACAUUCUCUGUAAACCUGUGUCUGCUCACUGUAGUUGUACGAGUUCUCUUUCUAUCGUUCGAUCGUGAUUAAGCAAGCCUCUUCAUACUCAGUCCUAAGCAAACCACACUGAACUUUAUACCCUUCAAACAUUUAUCUCAGUAGGAAUUUUCUUUCUGUUUGUUUAGCAAUAAUAGGUCAGUUUGCCCUUCUCUCUGUCUCCCUCCAGGUCAGUAUACUCCUGGUAACCCUGGUGUACUAUAUCUACUACAUCUACCACUCCAUUCUGACUCUGGAGGUCAUUGACCUGCUGCAGAGACACGACUUCAGGACGCAUGUCGACGUCAGCUUACUGUCUACCUGGGAACAGGUGAGAAUGGGAGAGAGUGAGGUGUGUGUGUAUGAUGAUGAUGUUGAUGAUGAUGAUGAUGAGUCCUCUGUAUCUCCAGCACACCCGUACACUGCGUGGCGUACUGCUCUUCCUCCUGGUGGUGCAGUGUAUUUGUUUGUCGGGGGUUAACAGAACCAUGGCCACCUCAGUGAUUCUACUCAGACUCGCCUUCUCCAGACUCCUCUGGCCAAUGGUAAACAACCCACAGACAGGGCAACUUUUCACCUUCUACCUUUACCUACACACGGUCCGCAUGGAAACUAUUAAAAAAUAAAUCAUCCUAAUUUAAAUGUUUUUUAAGAAGUUUCAAGUGACAGUUCAGUACAGUUCAGUACUUCAAGUGAAAGUAAAUUGGUCAGAAUUCACGAGGUCAUACACAUUAUGUUCAGAAUUCAAGAGGUCAUACACAUUAUGUUCAGAAUUCAAGAGGUCAUUAUGUUUCUAGAGUUUGUCCUGAUGUUUGUACCUUUUCUAUUCGGUCCCCAGGUGUCAGGAGCUGUCCUGUUGGUCGCUCUGUCCACUGUGGGAAACCUGCUGCUCCUGAGGAGGUCCUGGGGUUUCAGCUCCCUGCCCCGCUCCGUCCUCACCCUCCUGUCUCUCUCCAGGGGCCGACUGGGCUCCCGGAACCCCCCCCUGUCCAUGGCCUCUCAGCCCCACCAGCUCCACAGCUCCAACAGCCUGUCUUUCUCUUUCUACCAUGGAGCUCUCUGUCUCACCCUCACUGUGGCCUGGACAGCACUGGUACACAUUCAACUUUUUUAAACACUUUUUAUUAUACUGUUAUUAAACAUUUGUGUUUGAUAAACCCUUGACAUACAGUACCAGUCAAAGGUUUGGACACACCUACUCAUUCCAGGGUGUUUCCUUUAUUUGUACUAUUGUCUACAUUGUAGAAUAAUAGUGAAGACAUCAAAGCUAUGAAAUAACACAUAUGGAAUCAUGUAGUAACCAAAAAAGUGUUUAUAUUUUAGAUUCUAAGCCACCCUUUGCCUUGAUGACAGCUUUGCACACUCUUGGCAUUCUCUCAACCAGCUUCAUGAGGAAUGCUUUUCCAACAGUCUUGAUGGAGUUCCCACAUAUGCUGAGCACUUGUUGGCUGCUUUUCCUUCACUCUGCGGUCCAACUUAUCCCAGACCAUCUCAAUUGGGUUGAGGUCGGUUGAUUGUGGAGGCCAGGUCAUCUGAUGCAGCACUCCAUCACAAGCGCAAACCAGAUGGGAUGGCGUAUCGCUGCAGAAUGCUGUGGUAGCCAUGCUGGUUAAGUGUGCCUUGAAUUCUAAAUAAAUCACAGACAUUGUCACCAGCAAAGCACCCCCUACACCAUCACACCUCCUCCUCUAUGCUUCACGGUGGGAACCACACAUGCGGAGAUCAUCCAUUCACCUACUCUGCGUCUCACAAAGAAACGGCGGUUGGAACCAAAAAUCUCAAAUCUGGACUCCAGACCAAAGGACACAUUUCCACCGGUCUAAUGUCCAUUGCUCUGGUUUCUUGGCCCAAGCAGGUCUCUUCUUCUUAUUGGUCCUUUAGUAGUGGUUUCUUUGCAGCAAUUUGACCAUGAAACCCUGAUUCACGCAGUCUCCUCUGAACAGUUGAUGUUGAGAUGUGUCUGUUACUUGAACUCUGUGAAGCAUUUAUUUGGGCUGCAAUCUGAGGUGCAAUUAACUCUAAUGAACUUAUCCUCUGCAGCAGAGGUAACUCUGGGUCUUCCUUUCCUGUGGCGGUCCUCAUGAGAGCCAAUUUCAUCAUAGCGCUUGAUGGUUUUUGCGACUGCACUUGAAGAAACUUUCAAAGUUCUUGAAAUGUUCUGUAUUGACUGACCAUGUCUUAAAGUAAUGAUGGACUGUCAUUUCUCUUUGCUUAUUUGAGCUGUUCUUGCCAUAAUAUGGACUUGGUCUUUUACCAAAUAGGGCUAUCUUCUGUAUACCACCCCCACCUUGUCACAACACAACUGAUUGGUUCAAACGCAUUAAGAAGGAAAGAAAUUCCACAAAUUAACUUUUAACAAGGCACACCUGUUAAUUGAAAUGCAUUCCAGGUGACUACCUCAUGAAGCUGGUUGAGAGAAUGCCAAGAGUGUGCAAAGCUGUCAUCAAGGCAAAGGGUGGCUAUUUGAAGAAUCUCAAAUCUCAAAUAUAUUUUGAUUUGUUGAACACUUUUUUGGUUACUACAUGAUUCCAUAUGUGUUAUUUCAUAGUUUUGAUGUCUUCAAUAUUAUUCUACAAUGUAGAAAACAGUAAAAAUAAAGGAAACACCCUGGAAUGAGUAGGUGUCCAAACUUUUGACUGGUACUGUAAAUCAACUAGUUUCCAAGGGGAUCCAGAGACAACAAACAUACACGUAGUCUACCCUAGAGUACUGUGUGUAUACAUCACCCUGUACUUUGUUGUUGCUUUAUCCAACCCAAGCAAGCUACCUCAGUCUGCUGUAAACCCUCUGCUCCUGUCUGUCUGUCUCAAGGUGAUUGGAAUGGUCUCCUCGUUAGUGAGGGCUGCUAAACGAGCCGGUAGGAGGAGGAGCCUACUGACUCUCUCUGACGUGGUUGGCUACGUCAGGGACUGGGCGGCUGUGCUCAUUGGCCAACGCAGACAGAGAUGGACAGAUAGCCAUGCCCACAGGAGAGUGAGUGACCUUUGACCUCCAUGCUAAUGUCCGAAAGAUAGUUUCGGAGAUAGGACUGCUUUGCUUUGCCUGUCAAUGAAAGCAGAGAACAACAUUGUGGUUGAGAUUGAGGUAUGGAAGGGGUUAACUGGCUGAUGUAUUUCUUUUUCCUCAGAGUUUUUACCUGGAGGAAUUUGAGAGCCUGGUGGAUGAGCUGCUGUUUAGACUAAAUGCCUUCUCUAACAGUCUGCACCACACCCUACCUCCUAAAGACCUCCGCCACAGGGAGGACAGCCUGCUCUCCUCCACCACUCAGAACCCCUCCAGCCUGGCCUCACAGGUGGGCACACCUGGGUGUCUCACCCACACCUUCACUGUCUUAACCAGCCCGCCAGUGUAUACAGUGAGGGAAAAAAGUAUUUGAUCCCCUGCUGAUUUUGUACGUUUGCCCACUGACAAAGAAAUGAUCAGUCUAUAAUUUUAAUGGUAUGUUUAUUUGAACAGUGAGAGACAGAAUAACAACAACAAAAUCCAGAAAAACGCAUGUACAAAUUGUUAUACAUUGAUUUGCAUUUUAAUGAGGGAAAUAAGUAUUUGACCCCCUCUCAAUCAGAAAGAUUUCUGGCUCCCAGGUGUCUUUUAUACAGGUAACGAGCUGAGAUUAGGAGCACACUCUUAAAGGGAGUGCUCCUAAUCUCAGUUUGUUACCUGUAUAAAAGACACCUGUCCACAGAAGCAAUCAAUCAAUCCGAUUCCAAACUCUCCACCAUGGCCAAGACCAAAGAGCUCUCCAAGGAUGUCAGGGACAAGAUUGUAGACCUACACAAGGCUAGAAUGGGCUACAAGACCAUCGCCAAGCAGCUUGGUGAGAAGGUGACAACAGUUGGUGAGAUUAUUCGCAAAUGGAAGAAACACAAAAGAACUGUCAAUCUCCCUCGGCCUGGGGCUCCAUGCAAGAUCUCACCUCGUGGAGUUGCAAUGAUCAUGAGAACGGUGAGGAAUCAGCCCAGAACUACACGGGAGGAUCUUGUCAAUGAUUUCAAGGCAGCUGGUAACACACUACGCCGUGAAGGACAGAAAUCCUGCAGUGCCCGCAAGGUCCCCCUGCUCAAGAAAGCACAUAUACAGGGCCGUCUGAAGUUUGCCAAUGAACAUCUGAAUGAUUCAGAGGAGAACUGGGUGAAAGUGUUGUGGUCAGAUGAGACCAAAAUCGAGCUCUUUGGCAUUAACUCAACUCGCCGUGUUUGGAGGAGGAGGAAUGCUGCCUAUGACCCCAAGAACACCAUCCCCACCGUCAAACAUGGAGGUGGAAACAUUAUGCUUUGGGGGUGUUUUUCUGCUAAGGGGACAGGACAACUUCACCGCAUCAAAGGGACAAUGGACGGGGCCAUGUACCGUCAAAUCUUGGGUGAGAACCUCCUUCCCUCAGCCAGGGCAUUGAAAAUGGGUCGUGGAUGGGUAUUCCAACAUGACAAUGACCCAAAACACAUGGCCAAGGCAACAAAGGAGUGGCUCAAGAAGAAGCACAUUAAGGUCCUGGAGUGGCCUAGCCAGUCUCCAGACCUUAAUCCCAUAGAAAAUCUGUGGAGGGAGCUGAAGUUUCGAGUUGCCAAAUGUCAGCCUCGAAACCUUAAUGACUUGGAGAAGAUCUGCAAAGAGGAGUGGGACACAAUCCCUCCUGAGGUGUGUGCAAACCUGGUGGCCAACUACAAGAAACGUCUGACCUCUGUGAUUGCCAACAAGGGUUUUGCCACCAAGUACUAAGUCAUGUUUUGCAGAGGGGUCAAAUACUUAUUUCCCUCAUUAAAAUGCAAAUCAAUUUAUAAUAUUUUUGACAUGCGUUUUCCUGGAUUUUUUUGUUGUUAUUCUGUCUCUCACUGUUCACAUAAACCUACCAUUACAAUUAUAGACUAAUCAUGUCUUUGUCAGUGGGCAAACGUAAAAAUCAGCAGGGAAUCAAAUACUUUUUUCCUCACUGUAUAUGAUUUAUAUGUCUCACUUUGGAUUUGAACUUGCCACCAUCUCAUGAGCUGUCCCUGAUGCCAGCACAGUUUUAAUGGUGUUUGUUUAUUUUGUAGCGCUCUGCUGCCAGUGAAACAGCACACAUGACUGAAGAGACUCUUCCCAAUGAUCCCCCUGACAUCACCAACCUCCCACUGACCUCCAGGGAACACUCACCUGACACACAUCACUACAGGUAAAACCACAACAAAAUAUAAUUCACAUCAAAAACAGCAUAAGCCUGCCAUAGAAUGGCAGAGGUGAUUCACUGAACUAUGUUAGCCCAAUGACUACUUUACUAUUUGAGUUUAUGUUUAGGCUUUAGCUCAGUUAGCUAGCAUAGCCCUGAGUCACUCAGAUGGCCUGGGUUGUUAACCAGUUGUUUUUAUUUCCACCCCAGGUCUCAGCUUCAGUUGGAGACCCUCCACCAUCUGCAGCAGUCAGACCAGAGGAGGCAGACCCCAGCCGGAGGACUCUCAAGUAGGGUUGGGACAUCCGGCAGUCCCCUGCGUAGUGGAGCACCAGGGAGGACCUCCCGAGAGCACCCAUCAGAGACUAUAUCUCUCCCCUCAGACAGAAACCUCCAGAGCUCCACCUCCAUAGGGGGGCCAAGCUACCUCUCCUCCCCAGACACGGAGCAUGUAGCUGAGGCUCGGACAUGGGACAACUUGCCUCAGAUCCAGAGCCUAACAGGCUGGAUAGAGAAUCAGCUGGUUAAGACUGUGGUUCUGGAGAAUCAGAUCAGCCACUGGAACACUGUCGGUCGGUCUGAUAAGAAGAGCCACAGAAGGCCGAGAAACACCCACAGGGCUACAGUAGAGGAGCCCAGCCCCAUACAUACCCCUGCUUCUGGGGUGGUGGAGGGCCAUGGAGGGCCACACAGGGCUGUGGUGGAGGUUAUGGUCCAUGGGAGCCCGGAGACUGAACCAGUGGAGGGGGAGGGAAUCCUAGGGACAGUCCGACAGUGCUGGGGCUGA